GGCGGCUCUGCCGUAUUUGGCAAGGGACGAAAGAGAAGAACCGCCUCGGUCGGUGCCAUUGGCCGGGAACAUGGCGGUGAACAGGAACCACUCGCCCGGUGGCGGGGUUGUCCCGCCCCACGGGGAAAGUAUUCUCAAGCACUGUAAAGAUGUGGAGCUGACUUUCUCUGAGAUAACUGGCAAUCCCGAGAUUUUCAAAGGCACUAAGAAAGGAAUGGUUUUUCUCACUCCAUUCAGGAUUAUUUUUGUGUCAAAAAGCAAAGACCCAAUGAUGUCUUUCAUGAUGCCAUUCCAUUUGGUGAAGGGAUGCUCCAUUGAACAACCAGUCUUUUCUGCCAAUUAUAUCAAAGGAGUAAUACAAGCAGAACCAGGAGGUGGCUGGGAAGGUCAGGCGUCAUUUAAAAUGAGCUUCUUCAGUGGAGGUGCCAUAGAGUUUGGACAAAUGAUGUUCAAGCUUGCAAGUGAUGCUUCUAGAGGAGUACCAGCUCAGAGUUUUGGCUAUGGGUAUGCACCGCCACCUUUUCCUGGUGCUUAUGUACCUCCACCAGGAAGCUACGUUAUGCCACAACCAGCUUCUGGAGCAUAUAUGUAUAUGCCUUCACAAAUGAAUGGAUAUGGAGUUGCUCCGCAGCCUAUGGGAUAUCCAUAUGCACCUCCUCCAGGUGCAUAUCCACCACCUCCUGGGAUGAACUCCAUGUACAUGGCACCUCCUCCCCCAUAUCCUGGCCCUUCUGCUGCUGGCCCUUCAGCUCCUACUGACCCAGGAUUUACAGGUCCUAGGACCUGGACAGAACCUGGGAUGCCAGGUGGCAAUAAAGCAGCAGAGGCAACUUCCAGUGCAUAUUAUAACCCAGCUAAUCCUCAUAAUGUUUACAUGCCUAUGGAUCAACCACCUCCUUAUGCACCACCUGAGGAAAAGAAGAAUAACUAACAGGAGUCUCAGCACCACCUUCUUCCUUGCGUUUCUUGACUUUGGAGAUUUUACCAUUGCUGCUGCC